AUGGUUCCCCUAAAGUUGGCAGAGCUAAGGAAACAAUUAGAUGAGCUGAUUCAAGCCGAAUUUAUCCGACCAUCAAAAACACCUUUUAUCACCCAAGUACUUUUUCAGAAGAAGCAAGAUAGGUUUUUACGAUUAUGUGUGGAUUACUGGGCUUUGAAUAAAGUCACAGUUAAGAAUAAUUAUCCUAUCCCUCUUAUAACAGAUCUUUUUGACCAGCUCAGUGGUGUAAAGUACUUUUGUAAACUAGAUUUGAGAUCGGGUUACCAUCUAUUGAGUGUGGCCAAGGAAGAUGAGCCGAAAACCACCUAUGUAACACGGUAUGGUGCAUUUGAAAUUCUUGUUAUACCUUUUGGACUAACCAAUGCUCUUACUACUUUUUGCACAUUGAUGAACCAAGUGUUUCAUGAUUAUCUAGACAAGUUUAUGGGGAUCUACUUAGAUGAUAUUGUGGUGUACAACUCAACCUUAAAGGAACAUCAAGGACACUUGCAGCAGGUCUACCAAGGCCAUGGCCUCAAUCAAUUAGUUAGCAGAAAUCAUAAUUGCUCUAAGACUGCUGCAGUGCUUUAA